GGAAAUACGAAUAGGCAUCCAGCCGCCAGCUACGCCACACGAAACUUGGCUUGUGUAUCAUCUCGGAGGAACAUUGCUACUUGAAGAUGUCAGCAGUACCUCGCGUAGAUCUCCCCUGGGAAUCACUCUUCUCCUAUCCUUCUCGUUCUCUUCAAGAUGCGUCAUGAUUUCUGGGACGAGAAAACUACGUACUAUGGGCCGAGAAGACAUUCUUCUCCUGCAGGACAAAGGAAACGUAGCCGGCGUGCGGGACUUUUAGGGAUCGCAGUCUGCUUUCUCGUUGUCUACCAAUUUCUCUUGCCGCAGCAAAACGAGACCACUGUCCAUCCACAAGGCGCCAACGAUACAUCUAGCUCUGGGUUGUCCUCUGCACAGCAAAUUUCUCAAGGCGCCGAAACACCAUUGUGCCCGGAAUCGCCAAUCGCAAACGAUGUCCUGGUAGUUCUUCGAACAGGGGCGACAGAAGCCCUUGAGAAGCUACCGGUUCACUUCGAGACAACACUUCGUUGCGUGCCAGACUAUAUCGUCUACUCAGACCUCAAAGAGGAGAUCCAAGGCCACCAGAUCCACGACGUUUUUGAAGGAAUCAGCGACGAGCUUAAAGCUUCCGCACCAGAGUUCAAACUCUACGACCAUCUCCGCACACAUGGCAGGGAGGGUUUGAAAAAUACCACGCAUCUAGGAAGUGGCCCAGGUGGUGCGCUGGAUAACCCUUCAUGGAAACUUGAUCGUUUCAAGUUUCUCCCCAUGGUAGACAAGGCUCUGCUGUACCGUCCUAAUGCGAAGUGGUUCGUGUUCAUCGAAGCGGAUACUUACAUGGUUUGGCAAAAUAUGCUCGAGUACCUGCGCCAGUUCGAUCCCGACCAGCCGUUAUACAUCGGAAAGCACAUGUACAUUGGACAAACCUUGUUCGCUCAUGGAGGGUCUGGGUUCGUCUUGUCGUCCGCUGCUAUACGAAAAGUAACUGAACAACGAAAUGCCAACCUCGCCGAAUAUGACGAGUUCACAACCAAAAGCUGGGCGGGUGACAUGGUACUAGCCCAGGCCUUGAAAGACGUUAAUGUAGACUUGUUUGGGGCAUUCCCCCAUUUCCAAGGCGAUCCAGUUUCAUCACUCGACCACAAUGUAACGAAGCUCGACAAAACACCCUGGUGUUACGCGCCGAUCACCUACCACCACAUGCGGCCAACCGAUAUCCAAAGCCUAUGGACCUUUGAGCAAACACGUCAGCAAAUUGGCAAGACCCCACCCCUCCACCGCGAUGUCUUCCAAGAAUACAUACUCCCCCAGCUCUAUGCCGAAGUUGAUGACUGGGAUAACCUAUCUAUGGACGUAGAGGUUGACGAUACCGGCCCUUUUGAGGCAUGCGAGUUACUCUGCCAUUCCAAACCAACCUGUCUCCAAUUCUCCUACGCCGCAGGGAAAUGUUCGACGUCUACGAAAGUCGUGCUCGGUGAAAGUGCAAAGAUGCGAUGUGUGGAGUAUUCUGAUGCGGCGAGUAAAUGUAUUCGCUGGCAAGAGGGCACACAAUUUGCUGGCUCGAUUCAGUCUGGGUGGAUGAUGGAUCGGCUUGAGCAGUAUGUGAUGGAAAUGGAUAGUACGUGCGCUGAUGAUGAGGUGAAGUGGGUUGUUUGAAAAAUGGUCAGCAAUUAUCGAUUGACUGUCGCGCCAUCUUGGCUGGUUUGUUCAGAACAGUGAGGAAAGGGGGACCAGCCUGUCGGUGUCGUCUCUUUUCAUGACUGCGAUGCUGAACAUCUAACAGCUAGGGUGGACCCUGUGUUGAAAGGUCUGAAUGACUGCUGCAGCCACACGUUCCAGACAAAAGAUGGUGGGCGAGCAGCGCUGGCUUCAAGCUCUCGGCGACCCUUUUUCAAGUCAUCUGGUCGUUCCAGAACAUCUCCUGUGAGCGAUUCGCGAUGCAGGCUGGGCAAACUUGAUGGAGAAGGCUGCGUUUGACUGGACUAAACGAUUGACAUGGAUACGAGGAGUCAGGACUACAAACUAUUUGUAUGGCUAGGAAGCGAAGGCGAUCUUAGGAGAGACGGCAGAGCACCGCGAAUUAUACCCGCCGAGUAUUGAG